AUGCUCCUGAACCUGUGCCUCGCCGCGACCUUCGGGUUGUCAUUGACAUCGCCCGCUCUCGCCCAGACUUUCGACUGGGCCGCAGCGUAUACAAAAGCCAAUGCUGCCCUCGCCAAGCUAUCACUCCAAGAUAAGGUGAAUAUUGUCACCGGCGUUGGCUGGGAUAAGGGGCCUUGCGUCGGAAACACACAGGCCAUCUCCUCCAUCAGCUACCCUCAGCUGUGCCUACAGGACAGCCCCCUGGGAAUUCGUUUCGGCAAGGCCUCCACCGCCUUUACUCCUGGUAUACAAGCUGCUUCGACAUGGGAUAUCGACCUGAUUCGCCAGCGCGGUCAGUUCAUGGGCGCUGAAGCAAAGGCGGCUGGCAUACACGUCCAACUUGGCCCUGUCGCCGGCCCCUUGGGGAAAAUCGCACAAGGUGGCAGGAACUGGGAGGGGUUUGGGCCUGAUCCUUAUUUGACUGGCAUCGCUAUGGCCGAGACCAUCCAGGGCAUGCAGGGUUCCGGUGUUCAGGCCACCGCAAAGGUCAGUGGCUUUUGGGAGCUUCUUUCACCUUCUCAGAGGCGGGCGGCUCUUGCUCCUCUGUUGUCGAACACCUUCGACAGCCUCGGCAGUCUAUUACUCUCUGAGGACUGUUGCGGCGGGCUUACUGUGGCAGCCCCGGGAGGUCCACCCAAACAUUAUAUCUUGAACGAGCAAGAGAAGAACCGCGAAACCAUGUCUGGCCGUGUUGAUGACAGGAGCAUGCACGAGCUCUAUCUUUGGCCGUUCGCCGACUCCGUCAGAGCCGGGGUGGCUGGCGUGAUGUGCAGCUACAACAAGAUCAACGGGACAUGGGCAUGUGAGAACGACAAUGCGUUGAACAAGUUGUUGAAGCAGGAGCUUGGGUUUCAGGGAUAUGUCAUGACCGAUUGGAACGCUCAGCACUCGACUGUCCAAGCGGCUAACACAGGCCUGGAUAUGACCAUGCCCGGCUCAGACUUCAAUGGAGGAACAAUAUUUUGGGGGCCAGAACUUACAAAAGCGGUGAACAGUGGGCAGGUAGCUCAAAGCCGUGUGGAUGACAUGGUCAAACGCAUUCUAGCCGCGUGGUAUGUCGUUGGUCAAGAUACCGGUUACCCUCCUAUCAACAUCCAGGCCAACGUCCAGGGGGACCACAAGACCAAUGUGCGAGCUGUUGCAAGGGAUGGGAUUGUCCUGUUGAGAAACACGGGCUCGAUCCUCCCGCUCAAAAAACCAACAAAACUCGCCCUCGUCGGCUCCGCAGCUGUCUAUCCCUAUUUCUCGGCACCAUACGAUGCAUUGAAGACCCGGACCUCAGCCGAUGGCACAACGUUAACUUUGAGCAGUAGCGAUAGCACGGGCAAUGUGGCCAGUACAGUAUCUGGUGCCGAUGCUGCUAUUGUCUUCAUUACCUCCGAUUCUGGAGAAGGCUACAUCACCGUCGAGGGGAAUGCUGGAGACAGGAACAAUCUUGAUCCUUGGCAUAACGGCAAUGCCCUCGUUCAGGCAGUGGCAGCAGCCAACAAGAAUACCAUAGUUGUGGUCCAGAGUGUUGGCCCAGUCAUCCUUGAAAAUAUUCUGGCACUUGAUGGUGUGAAGGCUGUUGUUUGGGCAGGCCUGGGCAGCCAAGAAAGUGGCAAUGCGUUGGUGGAUAUCCUUUAUGGCUCCACUAACCCCAGCGGAAAACUCCCUUACACUAUCGCGAAGUCGGCCACGGACUACGGAACGGCUGUCGCUUCCGGGGACGACAGUUUCCCCGAGGGACUGUACAUCGACUAUCGCCACUUUGACCGAGCCAACAUUGCACCAAGAUACGAGUUUGGUUAUGGGCUGUCUUAUACCAACUUUACCUACUCCAAAUUGACCGUCACAUCAACAGCCACGUUUGGCCCUGCGACGGGACCCAUUGCGUCAGGCGGGCGGAGCGACCUUUUCCAACAAGUUGCUACUGUGACAGCCACAAUUACUAACAGCGGCUCUGUGGGUGGUGCCGAGGUCCCCCAGUUAUAUCUUUCAUUACCGUCUGGUGCUCCAGCUGCGCCACCGAAACAGCUCCGCGGCUUCACGAAGCUAUCUCUUCAGCCAGGUGCGAGUAGCACUGCAACCUUCAACCUCCGGAGAAGGGACCUGAGUUACUGGGACGUAGCUAGCCAGAAUUGGGUGGUGCCUAAAGGAAACUUUGGUAUCAGCGUCGGGGCUUCGAGCCGAGACCUCAGGCUGACCGGCAGCAUCACCGUCUCGUGA